GCCUUCGACUCUGGCUUCCGCCUAACUCCCUCUCCGACUUCUGAUUCCUCGCGACGCGCCGCGCUAAUCUUCAAUCUUAAUCUGUUCUAUAACUUCUGAACAGCCUCCCAUGUCGCAUAGCUACGAUGUUGGUACAAGAGCUUGGCAGCCUGAUGCCACCGAGGGCUGGGUGGCAUCCGAGGUUGUCGACAAGUCUAUCGACGGCGACAAGGUCAAGUUAACUUUCAAGCUUCAAAAUGAGGAGACUAAAGAAGUCGUGGUGUCCGCAGACGCUCUGCAAAAUGGCAACGACCCAUCCUUACCGCCCCUGAUGAACCCUUCCAUGCUUGAGGCCAGUGAUGACCUCACGAAUCUGUCCUAUCUUAAUGAGCCCGCUGUUCUCCAAGCGAUUCGGCUUCGAUACGCCCAGAAAGAGAUAUAUACAUACAGUGGUAUAGUGCUAAUAGCUACAAAUCCUUUUGCCCGUGUCGACUCGCUCUAUGUUCCGGGCAUGGUUCAAGUAUAUGCUGGUAAACAACGUGAAACGCAAGCACCCCAUUUGUUUGCCAUCGCAGAAGAAGCUUUCAUAAAAAUGAUAAAGGAUGGCCGGAAUCAGACUGUUGUUGUUUCUGGAGAGUCUGGUGCUGGAAAGACAGUCAGUGCCAAGUAUAUCAUGCGUUACUUUGCAACAAGAGAAUCUCCGGACAACCCAGGUGGCCGGUCUAAGAAGGGCGCGGAGGCGAUGAGCGAAACGGAGGAACAAAUCCUGGCGACCAAUCCCAUUAUGGAAGCCUUUGGUAAUGCUAAGACCACCCGUAACGACAACUCCUCGCGAUUUGGAAAGUAUAUUGAGAUCAUGUUCGACGACAAAACGAAUAUUAUUGGCGCUCGCAUUCGGACGUACCUUUUAGAAAGGUCACGAUUGGUAUUUCAACCCCUAAAGGAAAGGAACUACCACAUCUUUUACCAGUUGUUAGCCGGAGCUACAGAUAAGGAGCGACAGGAAUGGGGACUCUUGCCUGCUGAGCAGUUUGACUAUCUCAACCAAGGCAAUGCACCUGUGAUUGAUGGAGUUGACGAUAAGGCCGAGUUUUUGGCCACGAAGAGCUCCUUAAAAACAAUAGGAGUCGACGAGGCCCAGCAGGCUGGUAUCUUCAAUCUCCUUGCAGGUCUUUUGCACCUUGGCAACGUUAAGAUUGGUGCCUCGCGAAACGACAGUGUUCUAGCUCCUACCGAACCGUCUCUGCAACGGGCUUGCGCAAUUUUAGGGAUCGACGCUACUGACUUUGCGAAGUGGAUCGUGAAGAAACAACUUGUUACUCGUGGCGAGAAGAUUAUCUCCAAUCUCACGCAGCAACAGGCUCUUGUUGUUCGUGACUCCGUCGCCAAAUACAUUUAUUCGAGUUUGUUCGACUGGCUAGUUGAGAUCAUCAACAGGAGUCUCGCGGCCGACGAAGUCCUAAGUCGUGUUAGUUCAUUCAUUGGUGUUCUAGAUAUCUAUGGUUUCGAGCAUUUCGCCAAGAAUUCAUUUGAGCAGUUCUGUAUCAAUUAUGCCAAUGAAAAGCUGCAACAGCAGUUCAACUCACACGUCUUCAGGCUCGAACAGGAAGAAUAUGUUCGAGAGCAAAUUGAUUGGACGUUCAUUGAAUUCUCCGACAAUCAGCCUUGUAUUGAUCUCAUUGAAGGGAAGCUUGGAAUUCUGUCAUUACUCGAUGAAGAAUCGAGACUACCAAUGGGCACAGAUGAACAAUUUGUUACCAAGCUGCAUCAUAAUUUUUCCGGCGACAAGAACAAGUUCUACACAAAGCCCCGUUUUGGCAAGUCAGCAUUUACGGUAUGCCACUAUGCCAUUGACGUGACUUAUGAGUCAGAGGGCUUCAUUGAAAAGAACAGGGAUACAGUCCCUGAUGAGCAUAUGGCAGUAUUACGUGCAUCAACAAACAAAUUCCUCAGCCAGGUAUUGACAGCGGCCUCAGCGGUACGUGAGAAGGAUGUUGCAUCUUCAAGUUCGGCUGUUGCCAGGCCCGCAGCUGGGAGGAAGAUCGGAGUAGCUGUUAAUCGCAAGCCGACUCUCGGUGGCAUCUUCCGCUCAUCGCUCAUCGAACUUAUGACUACUAUUGGCAAUACGAACGUCCACUACAUCCGUUGUAUCAAGCCCAAUGAAGCAAAAGAGUCUUGGAAAUUUGAGGGACCCAUGGUUCUUAGCCAGCUUCGAGCAUGUGGUGUUCUUGAAACUAUCCGCAUUAGUUGUGCCGGAUACCCAGGUCGCUGGACGUAUGAGGAAUUUGCUCUGAGAUACUAUCUGCUGAUCCCAUCUUCCAGAUGGCAGACUGAGAUUCGGCAAUUGGUAACGGAAAUUUUAUCGCAGGCUCUAGGCACCCUCACGGGCACAGGCAGCGAUAAUUACCAGCUAGGUCUGACAAAGAUCUUUUUCCGUGCUGGUAUGCUCGCGCACCUGGAGAAUUUACGACAGAGCCGUAUGAGCGAGGCCGCCAUAAUGAUUCAAAAGAAUCUCAGGGCCAAAUACUAUCGACGCAAGUACCUGGAGGCACGCGAGUCCAUCGUCGCCUUACAAACGCUCGCGCGUGCCUACGCCACAAGAGUCAAGGCACAAGAGCUUCGCACAGUCAAGGCAGCCACUACAAUCCAAAGAGUCUGGAGAGGGCAGAAAGAGCGAAAAUCAUUUUUGCGCAUUCGCAACAACGUUAUUCUUGCUCAAGCAGCUGCCAAGGGUUACCUGCGGAGAAAGCAGAUCAUGGAGACACGUGUGGGCAAUGCUGUCAUUCUCAUUCAGCGCGUGUGGCGAGCGAGACGACAACUUCGUGCUUUCAGGAGUUAUCGCAAAAAGGUUGUCUUGGUCCAAAGCUUGUGGCGAGCAAAACAAGCGAGAAAGGAUUACAAGAAGAUGCGAGAGGAGGCUCGCGAUCUAAAACAGAUCUCAUACAAGCUAGAAAACAAGGUGGUCGAACUUACUCAAUCAUUGGGUACGAUGAAAUCGCAAAACAAGACCCUCGUCAGCCAAGUAGAAAAUUACGAAAGCCAGAUCAAGUCAUGGAAGAGCAGGCACAAUGCUCUCGAGACUCGCACGAAGGAAUUACAAGCAGAGGCCAAUCAGGCUGGAAUUGCCGUCGCGAAGUUGCAGGCGAUGGAAGAGGAAAUGAAGAAGUUGCAACAAAACUUCGACGAUUCUACGACGAGUAUAAAGAGGAUGCAGGAGGAAGAGAGGGAACUCAAAGAGUCCUUACGUACUGCCAACGACGAACUGGAACGUAUCCGCGCGGAAACAGCGCAUCACCUGAACGAGAAGACAACUCUCAGAGAGCAGCUCACCCAGAUGGCCGAGGAAUUGGAGCUCGCCAGACGCUCUGGCCCGAUCAAUGGCGAGCUCAUCAAUGGCAAUGGAGCGCCUUCGCUUCCAAACGGCCUGAUCAACCUCGUGUCCUCCAAGAAGCCUAAGCGAAGGAGUGCUGGUGCGGAGCCCAGCAUGAUGGAUCGAUUCAGUGCUGCUUACAACCCUCGACCCGUGUCUAUGGCUGUCACUAACAGUCGCCCUGGCGCCGGUUUUGUGCCGGGGGUAGACACGAUUGAGAUGGAGCUAGAAACGCUUUUGGCUGACGAGGAAGGUCUCAACGAGGAGGUUACUAUGGGUCUCAUCAAGAACCUCAAGAUUCCCUCGCCCAGCACUAACCCACCACCAUCUGACAAGGAAGUCCUCUUCCCGGCGUACCUGAUUAACCUCGUGACGUCCGAAAUGUGGAAUAACGGCUUUGUUAAGGAGUCUGAGAGGUUCUUGGCCAACGUAAUGCAAUCGAUUCAGCAGGAGGUUAUGCAACAUGAUGGCGAGGAUGCCAUCAACCCUGGCGCUUUCUGGUUGUCAAAUGUCCACGAAAUGCUUUCUUUCGUCUUCCUUGCCGAAGACUGGUACGAAGCGCAGAAGACGGAUAACUAUGAGUAUGACCGGCUGCUGGAAAUCGUGAAGCACGAUUUGGAAAGUCUCGAGUUCAACAUAUACCACACCUGGAUGAAGAUUCUCAAGAAAAAGCUCCACAAGAUGAUCAUUCCAGCCAUCAUCGAGUCUCAGUCACUGCCCGGCUUCGUUACGAACGAAAGUAAUAGAUUCCUCGGCAAGCUGCUGCAGUCCAACUCAGCUCCUGCCUAUAGUAUGGACAACCUUCUUAGCCUCUUGAAUAAUGCUUUCCGAGCUAUGAAGGCGUACUACCUGGAAGACUCGAUCAUUACCCAGACAGUGACGGAGCUUUUGAACUUGGUUGGAGUCACAGCCUUUAAUGACCUGCUUAUGCGACGAAAUUUCCUGUCCUGGAAGCGUGGACUCCAGAUUAACUAUAAUAUUACUCGCAUUGAGGAGUGGUGCAAGAGUCACGAUAUGCCAGAGGGUACUCUGAAGCUUGAACACUUGAUGCAAGCAACGAAGCUUCUGCAGCUUAAGAAGGCGACGUUAAACGACAUCGAGAUUAUCCAAGACAUUUGCUGGAUGCUAUCCCCCAACCAAAUACAAAAGCUUUUGAACCAGUACCUUGUCGCCGACUAUGAGCAGCCUAUCAAUGGGGAGAUAAUGAAAGCUGUGGCGUCGAGAGUUACUGAGAAGAGUGAUGUUCUUCUCCUGCAGGCCGUAGACAUGGACGAUAGUGGUCCAUACGAAAUUGCUGAGCCACGUGCUAUCACUGCUUUGGAAACCUAUACACCUUCAUGGCUACAAACCCCGAGGUUGAAACGGCUAGCGGAGAUAGUAUCUGCCCAGGCCAUUGCUCAGCAGGAGAAGCUAGAGGCCGAAGGUUUCGAGGGUGAGGAGGGGGACCUCGCCGAAGUUGCGGAAGUCGAAGGUGACGGUGCGUAGAGCCGCACUUUAACGCCCAGACUUCCGGGCUACAACUACCAACCGAUACGAAUUCUGUGAUCUCGACGUGCAUGACUUAAAGGUAAUAUAUGAUAGAUAUCGCGGCUUGGCGGGGAAAUUACGGGUACCAAUAACGAGCCAAGAACGGGUAGGCUUUCCUGGCUGAGGGCUCGCCAGGAGCAGGCGGGUUGGUGUUGACGCUCCGGCCGUCUAAACAGGCA